AUGGACAAUAGUCCCGACCUUUAUUUGGCCCGACACCUUAAUCUCUUGAAUGCGUGUUUCAUCAAAUCCAUGGAGGUAGAACCAACCAUCCCUCCUCCCCUUCUCUCUGUCUCGCUCUUGUUCGACUCUUGUGUGCGAGGAAGUCUACCUCUCAGUUUUGUAGGGAUUGAAUUAGUGUGGAAGAAAAUGCAUCCUCCUUUAACACUACAUAGGCACCCAAUGUGCGCCCAAAUUAUUGAGCAGUUCCAGAAGUGUCAUCUAGACCAUCCGAUUGCAAAAUUCUUUGGGGAAUGCACAGAUCUUAAAUUAAAGCUUGAUCGCUGUUUCCGGCAGGAAAAAGCUUUGAAGCGGAAGGCAAAUUUUGAAGAGAGUAAGAAACUUAAAGAAAGGCUGCGAGCUUACAGGGAGGAGAAUGCUGUUAGAAACUAA